GCUUCGGCUCACUUGCCCCUGUGGUUUGUGACGGACACGAGGUCAUGUGGUCUGAUUCGUGUCCUCGGGCGGUUCGGUACGAGGCAGUACUCAGGAACAGUACAUACCCAUAUUGCCUGAAUAGUAAAUGCUCUACUCUGUACGUACAAGAAGACGUAUACUACCAAACAGCAAGGAAAGCUACAAGCAUGAAGAGCCCACCAGGGUGUAGAAGGAUGGGGAAAGACUACUACUCAGUCUAAUACCACACAGCACUUCAUCAGCCACUCACCAGCAAUAAAUCGCGAUAGCAACCGAGUGCACGCAUAAGGUGAUAUAUAUUAAGUAUACUUCCUUCUUCGCGGAGGUCGAUCCUCAGGUAGCCUCAUCCUGAAUCUUCCGUCGAAAAUACGGGGUAAGUCAGGUAAGCCCCUGUCAACUCCGCAUUUACGCAAGGGAGCACCGAAUGACGAAGACCAACAGGAAUGAAGUACGAGAUGCGACAGAAAAAAAGCUUGAGGGGGAAGGUCGGAUGUUGCUCAUCUGCAAUGAACAGACAGCAAAAGGGAACUUUAUUUCCCAGCCACAAGGACAUAGCUCCGCGGGAUGGGAGACCGGGGUUUUGGUUGCCUGCGCAUGAAUCUCAUGAACAAGGAUAGGAAACGAGAUCAUACACCCCUCUUUUACGGGAUUACCCUUCCGUUGGCUCCACUGGAUUCGUGUGUUCCCCAAAUCGUGGUGGAUGUAGGACUGGGACUCGAUCCUUUCGGGGGGCAAAAAAUACUCGUAGACAAAAAGAAGCGAGUCAUGUCCAUCCAGAUGGCGGUAGUGAUCUUAAUACUUCAACUAAGGUUCACUUCGUUGCCUUUAGUCUGGAUUGGACUUCUACUGCAUACAGUAGUUAGGUAUGGAGUGCAUAAAGACACAUUCUUUUUUUCUUUUCUUUUCUUUUCCCUUUCCCUCUUCUCAGUGGGGCAUAUUGUUUCACUACAAAUUUUUGAUGCUUAUUACAUUGUCGCGGUCACCUGUGUCAGAUUAAAUAUGUGCAGGUGAGCC